AUGCUGGUACCUGGGCUGGAAAAGCAGGGGUUGGUGCUGGGUCUGGUGCUGGGACUGUGGGCCUGGGAGACACAGGAACCGGGAACAGGGGAUGGGGCUGGUGCUGGGUUGGGAUCUGUAGAGGGGAGGAAGGACAACCUGAGGAGGAAGCAGACACACAAGGGAGCCCUAGACCCAGAGGUCAAUAAUGGUGGUACUUCCCUGUGGCCUGCUCUCUUCUGGUGAAGGUGUGAUAUUUGGUCCAUCCUCUGAGCCUCAUCUGUGGAUUGGUGCUGGGACUGGUGCUGACUCUACAGAGGGGAGGAAGGACAACCAUCGGCCUGGGAUGGUGUUGGUGGAGGGGGAGCGAUGCAGCGGCAAGGCUGGAUGCUGGAGGCUGGAAGACAGAGGGAGCAAACAGGGCCUAGACCCACCUGGCCAUGGCGCACUCACAAACAGAUGGUGGGUGUGUUCAGUACGAGUGCCUCCAUGGUGGAAGUUCUCUGUACAUACUUUGUGCCGUCUAUAGGUGGAUUCCCUAGUGGGGAGGCAACCAUGAACAGCCAUCUGAGGAAAGUCAUUCUGUUUGGAGUGUGUUGUCAGGGUCAUGAUGAUGGGCUAUUGGGGGGGUCCAGGUCUGAUCAUUUCAUUACAGAUUUGGAUGAAGGCCUCAGCAGGUUGUUUGUGUUGGGUGGUUCUUGGCUGUUCAAAGGUCUUGACAUGCCUCCCCACUGACUACCUGGUGGCAACCUAUACUGUCUUGGUGGUAGACUGGGGGAUGCUGGGAAGGGUGAAGGCGGUUCGGAGGGUCUGGGGGGUCUGGACUGAGGCUGGCUGGCUUGCUGCUGUGUCGGGAUCAAGGGUGGGGCCUAAGGGGGUGGAUCUGGGUCGCUAAGGAGCAUGGGGGAGGAGUCAGGGGCAGUAAGGGGGUAUGGUAGGGGGGAUCAAGGGCAGUUAGGGGUGGGAGUGGAGAAUCAGUGACAGUAAGGGGAAGGGAGGAGUGAUCAGAGGAAGUAAUGGACUGUAUGGCCUCUCUCGAAAACGGCUCCCCUUUGACCAGGGGUUUGGAGGGGGUGGAGGUAGCAAUAAAGUUUAUUUGUGGGGAGGGCUAAGGUGGAGGGGCCGCCAAGGGGUGGGGGCUGUUUCUGGGACGUCUUUGGUGAUGACGGGUGGGGACUGUUUCUGAGACAUCUUGGGUGGUGGGUUGGGUGGUGCCUGUGAAAAGAUCUGGGUCUUUGUUGUUGUUGUCUGGUGGAGUGGGGUUAGUGGGUUUGGGAUUUGGGUUAGUGGGGUUGGUAGCGUGUGCCCUUGCCCUGCCGGCUUAGGAACUGGGACAGUAUGUGUAUAUAUGUGUGUAUAUAUAUAUGUGUAUCUAUAUAUAUGUAUAUAUAUAUAUGUAUAUAUGUGUGUGUGUGUGUGUGUGUGUGUGUGUAUGUAUAGAUACAGUGGGGAGAACAAGUAUUUGAUACACUGCCGAUUUUGCAGGUUUUCCUACUUACAAAGCAUGUAGAGGUCUUUAAUUUUUAUCAUAGGUACACUUCAACUGUGAGAGACGGAAUCUAAAACAAAAAUACAGAAAAUCACAUUGUAUGAUUUUAAAGUAAUUAAUUUGCAUUUUAUUGCAUGACAUAAGUAUUUGAUCACCUUUCAACCAGUAAGAAUUCCGGCUCUCACAGACCUGUUAGUUUUUCUUUAAGAAGCCCUCCUGUUCUCCACUCAUUACCUGUAUUAACUGCACCUGUUUGAACUCGUUACCUGUAUAAAAGACACCUGUCCACACACUCAAUCAAAGACUCUAACCUAUCCACAAUGGCCAAGACCAGAGAGCUGUGUAAGGACAUCAGGGAUAAAAUUGUAGACCUGCACAAGGCUGGGAUGGGCUACAGGACAAUAGGCAAGCAGCUUGGUGAGAAGGCAACAACUGUUGGCGCAAUAAUUAGGAAAUGGAAGAAGUUCAAGAUGACGGUCAAUCACCCUCAGUCUGGGGCUCCAUGCAAGAUCUCACCUCGUGGGGCAUCAAUGAUCAUGAGGAAGGUGAGGGAUCAGCCCAGAACUACACGGAAGGACCUGGUCAAUGACCUGAAGGGGGCUGGGACAACAGUCUCAAAGAAAACCAUUAGUAACACACUACGCCGUCAUGGAUUAAAAUCCUGCAGCGCACGCAAGUUCCCACUGCUCAAGCCAGCGCAUGUCCAGGCCCAUCUGAAGUUUGCCAAUGACCAUCUGGAUGAUCCAGAGGGGGAAUGGGAGAAGGUCAUGUGGUCUGAUGAGACAAAAAUAUAGCUUUUUGGUCUAAACUCCACUUGCCGUGUUUGGAGGAAGAAGAAGGAUGAGUACAACCUCAAGAACACCAUCCCAACCGUGAACAAUGUAGGUGGAAACAUCAUUCUUUGGGGAUGCUUUUCUGCAAAGGUGACAGGACGACUGCACCAUAUUGAGGGGAGGAUGGAUGGGGCCAUGUAUCGCGAGACCUUGGCCAACAACCUCCUUCCCUCAGUAAGAGAAUUGAAGAUGGGUCGUGGCUGGGUCUUCCAGCAUGACAACGACCCAAAACACACGGCCAAGGCAACAAAGGAGUGGCUCAAGAAGAAGCACAUUAAGGUCCUGGAGUGGCCUAGCCAGUCAGCCUCGAAACCUUUAUGACUUGGAGAAGAUCUGCAAAGAGGAGUGGGACAAAACCCUCCUGAGAUGUGUGCAAACCUGGUGGCCAACUACAAGAAACGUCUGACCUCUGUGAUUGCCAGCAAGGGUUUUGCCACCAAGUACUAAGUCAUGUUUUGCAGAGGGGUCAAAUACUUAUUUCCCUCAUAAAAAUGCAAAUCAAUUUAUAACAUUUUUGACAUGCGUUUUUCUGGAUUUUUUUGUUGUUAUUCUGUCUCUCACUGUUCAAAUAAACCUACCAUUAAAAUUAAAGACUGAUCAUGUCUUUGUCAGUGGGCAAACAUACAAAAUCAGCAGGGGAUCAAAUACUUUUUUCCCUCACUGUAGAUGCAAACCUGAUAACUGAAAUGUGUACACUUUCAGAGUUAGUUAUUUAGUCAUACCAUCCUCAAUGACAUCACAAAAUAAUAAAUAAUAUGACAUGAUAUUCUUUAGAUCCCCACCAACCAUUCCAAACACUUAGACGUCAGAAAUAAUGUUCCAAUGUCCUAUCUUUUAGAAAUACAUUAAUUAUUUCCCCGCACACAACAUUUUCCCACAAUGCACCAUAAUUUGCAGUAAAAUGUUUCAGAGUAAUUUACAGUGCAGUUAUGUUUCUUCCAUCGUCACUUGCAUGUGUUAUUUUAGAAAUAACACAUGCAUGUCAAAAAUCCAAAAAGUGUCUCCAAACAGUACAAUAUUAACACAGGUAUUCUUCUUCCCCUGUCCAGGAAUCAUCAAGACUGCAUAGUCAUACAAUACAUUGGUAGCAUUGCUAUUCUGAAUUUUUCUCCCCUUGUCCAGGAUGGCCUUAGUACUGUACAUUAUGGCCUUAGCUGUAUAGUACAGUACUAACAUUGUUAUUUAUACAUUACACUGAAAAAAAUAAAGUGGUUGUUCUUCAGCUCUUAAGGUUUCUUGGAUAACUCUUACCUGAUAAAGAACCUUUUUAGUUAAGUGUGGGGUUCUUGGCAGGGUGGCAUCUAUGGUUCUUCAGAAUUCUAAAAUGUUUUUCAAAUGUAUGGAACCCCCUGCAGAUGUGUCUCUUUCAUAGCACACCGUAAAUUGUCCAGUGUUAACUACUGUUGAUUUUUCAGUAACAUUUAUUGUGUUGAUUCAAGAGUUAACGCUGUAAAGAGUUAAAUUAACACUCAGUGGUGUAAAUGGAACCCCAGUGUUGGGGUUAAUAACCAGAGUUUAACCAAAACCAUGGCCAUCAUUAUCAUAUUACCCAGUAUUCUCUACUGUAGGUUGAUUUUUACAAUUGUUUGUUUCAAAAUCGACACUGAACAAAAAUAUAAACGCAACAUGUAAAGUGUUGGUCCCAUGUUUCAUGUGCACAAAUUUGUUUACAUCCCUGUUAGUAAUCCAUCCACCUGACAGGUCUGGCAUAUCAAAAAGCUGAUUAAACAGCAUGAUCAUUACACAGGUGCACCUUGUACUGGGGACAGUAAAAGGCCACUCUAAAAUGUGCAAUUUUGUCAAAAAACACAAUACCACAGUUUUGAGGGAGCAUACAAUUGGCAUGCUGACUGCAGGAAUGUCCACCAGAGCUGUCGCCAGAGAAUUUAAUGUUCAUUUCUCUACCAUAAGCCACCUCCAAUAUCAUUUUAGAGAAUUUGGCAUAUACGUCCAAAUGGCCUCACAUCCGCAGACCACGUGUAUGGCGUCAUGUGGGUGAGAGGUUUGCUGAUGUCAACGUUGUGAACAGAGUGCCCCAUGGUGGCGCUGGGUUAUGUAAGGGCAGGCAUAAGCUACGGACAAUGAACACAAUUUGAAUCCACAGAGAUACCGUGAGAUACCCAUUGUUGUGCCAUUCAUCCGCCGCCAUCACCUCAUGUUUCAGCAUGAUAAUGCAUGGCCCCAAGACGCAAGGAUCUGUACACAAUUCCUGGAAGCUGUACAUGUCCCAGUUCUUCUAUGGCCUGCAUACUCACCAGACAUGUCACCCAUUGAGCAGGUUUGGGAUGCUCUGAAUUGACGUAUACAAAAGCAUGUUCCAAUUCCAGCCAAUAUCCAAGAACUUCGCACAGCCAUUGAAGAGGAGUGGGACAACAUUCCACCGGCCACAAUCAACAGCCUGAUCAACUCUAUGCAAAAGAGAUGUGCUGCAUGAGGUAAAUGGUGGUCACACCAGAUACUGACUGGUUUUCUGAUCCACACCCCUAUCUUUUUAUUUUAAGGUAUCUAUGACCAACAUACCAAUCUGUAUACCCAGUCAUGUGAAAUCCAUAGAUUAGGGCCUAAUUUAUUUAUUUCAAUGGACUGAUUUCCUUAUAUGAACUGUAACUCAGUAAAAUUGUAUGUUGGGUUUAUUUUUGUUCAGUAUAUAUUUUUGCAUGUACAUUGAAUGAUUAAUUAAUAUUGUGCUACUCAAAUAUAAAUAACAUACAUUUUUCUAAACUUAUCCAAACUGUAACUUGGACUUAUUGCACCCAUUACUGAAUUGGUUGUUUCAGUUUAGAUGUUUAACCCAGGGGUGUCAAACUCAUUCUAUGGAGUGCCUAGUGUCUGCUGGUUUUUGUUUUUUCCUUUAAAUUAAGACAUAGACAAUCAGGUGAGGGGAGUUCCUUACUAAUCAGUGACCUUAAUUAAUUAAGUCCAAGGGGGGAGCGAAAAACCCGCAGACACUCAGCCCUCCGUGGAAUGAGUUUGACACAUGGUUUAACCCAUUCAUGUCCAUAACGGAAAUUUCUAAUUUCCUUUAGUACACUUUUCUCCGAGCUUACUGAUGGAAAAAAAUUAAAAUUAAAUGUAAUCGGACAAAGCGUUUUCUUUUUCUACAAUGUGAUUUUUUUAUAUGGAACUAUAUUUAGUCUUUCGACACAUGGGGUUACAGUUUUUUACACAAUUAACUUUGCAUUUCAUGAAUCAAGUCAUGUUCAAAUGAUCAGAUCUUAAUAUUUGUUGUUAUAUAGAUUGUCAGAACCAAUAAAGAAAUCCACACACACACAAUCUUUCACACAUACACAUCCUGAGUACAUUCAGUAUAAGCACCAUAUAUAUAUGAACCUAUAAGUAUAAGCAUAUGUUGGAUAUGUUCCAGGUUGCCUCUGAGAAUAACAUUGACGUACUGUAUACACAGACAUGGUGGCUGAGUUCAUCAGGAACUGUAUAGGGGAUGCUGUUCCCACUAUGACUAUUAAAACCUACCCAAACAAAAACCAUGGAUAGAUGGCAGCAUUCGCGCAACCCUGAAAGCGCGAACCACUGCAUUUAACCACGGAAAGGUGACUAGGAAUAUGGUUGAAUACAAAUAGUGUAGUUAUUCCCUCCGUAAGGCAAUCAAACAGGCAAAACGUCAGUACAGAGACAAAGUGGAGUCGCAAUUUAACUGCUCAGACACGAGACGUACAGUGCUUUGCAAAAGUAUUCAUCCCCCUUGUCGUUUUUCCUAUUUUGUUGCAUACAACCUGUAAUUUAAAUAGAUUUAUAUUUGGAUUUCAUGUAAUGGACAAACACAAAAUAGUCCAAAUUGGUGAAGUGAAAUAACUUGUUGUUUCAAAACAUAAAAAAAAACAAAUAACGGAAAAGUGGUGCGUGCAUAUGUAUUCACCCCCUUUGCUACGAAGCCCCUAAAUAAGAUCUGAUGCAACCAAUUAUCUUCAGAAGUCACAUAAUUAGUUAAAUAAAGUCCACCUGUGUGCAAUCUAAGUGUCACAUGAUCUGUCACAUGAUCUCAGUAUAUAUACAGCUGUUCUGAAAGGCCCCAGAGUCUGCAACACCACUAAGCAAGGGGCACCACCAAGCAAGCGCCACCAUGAAGACCAAAGUCCUCUCCUAAUAGGUCAGGGACAAAGUUGUGGAGAAGUACAAAUCAGGGUUGGGUUAUAAAAAAAUAUCUGACACUUUGAACAUCCCACGGAGCACCAUUUAAAUCCAUUAUAAAAAAAAUAAUAUGGCACCACAACAAACCUGCCAAGAGAGGGCCGCCCACCAAAACUCACGGACCAGGCAAGGAAACACGUUUGAUGUUCUCCAAAAGGAAUGUAGGAGACUCCCCACAAAUGGAAUAAGGUACUCUGGUCUGAUGAGACUAAAAUUGAGUUUUUUGGCCAUCAAGGAAAACGUUAUGUCUGGCGCAAACCCAACUCCUCUCAUCACCCCGAGAACACCAUCCCCACAGUGAAGCAUGGUGGUGGCAGCAUCAUGGUGUGGGGAUGUUUUUCAUUGGCAGGGACUGGGAAACUGGUCAGAAUUGAAGGAAUGAUGGAAAGCACUAAAUACAGGGAAAUCUUUGAGGGGAAACCUUUUUCAGUCUUCCAGAGAUUUGAGACUGGGAUGGAGGUUCACCUUCCAGCAGGACAAUGACCCUAAGCAUACUGCUAAAGAAACACUUGAGUGGUUUAAGGGGAAACAUUUAAAUGUCUUGGAAUUGCCUAGUCAAAGCCCAGACCUCAAUCCAAUUGAGAAUCUAUGGUAUGACUUAAAUAUUGCUGUACACCAGCAGAACCCAUCCAACUUGAAGGAGCUGGAGCAGUUUUGCCUUGAAGAAUGGGCAAAAAUCCCAGUGGCUAGAUGUGCCAAGCUUAUCGAGACAUACACCAAGAGACUUGCAGCUGUAAUUGCUGCAAAAGGUGGCUCUACAAAGUAUUGACUUUGGGGGAGUGAAUAGUUAUGCACGCUCAGGUUUUCUGUUUUUUUUUGUCUUAUUUCUUGUUUGUUUCACAAAAAAUGUUUACAUACUGCUUUACUCAUUUCAUAUGUAUAUACUGUACUCUACUGUAUUUUAGUCAAUGCCACUCCGACAUUGCUAGUCAUAAUAUUUAUAUAUUUCUUAAUUCCAUUAUUUUACUUUUAGAUUUGGGUGUAUUGUUGUGAAUUGUUUGACACUACUGCACUGUUGGAGCUAGGAACACAAGCAUUUAGCUACACCCACAAUAACAUCUGCUAAAUAUGUGUAUGUGACCAAUAAAAUGUGAUUUGAUUUAUGUACAGCAAAUCUAAUAUGUCAAUGGCAAGUGAGGCCUGCUACAGCACUCUCCAUCUUUCUCUCCAUCUCUCACAAGCACACGUGUGUACACACAUACCACAGAUAUCAAUAAAACCUGCGUGUGUCUAUGGUGUGUUUGUACACAUGUAGUACUAAACAUAGUACGAUGCAAAUGGCUGCAGUUAACAAACAACAACCAGUUGAAUCAUAUAUUUGGCAUAUUUGAGCUUAGAACAAGUCAAAUAACAACACUAUAUGCCAUUAAACAAUUUAAUUCUGGAAUGAAUUUCAAAAUAUAUACAGUACCAGUCAAAAGUUUGUACACCUACUCAUUCCAGGGUUUUUCUAUAUUUUUACUAUUUUCUACAUUGGAGAAUAAUAGUGAAGACAUCACAACUAUGAAAUUACACGUAUAUCGAAUCAUGUAGUAACCAAAAAAGUGUUAAACAAAUCAAAAUAUAUUUUAUAUUUGACAUUCUUCAAAGUAGCCACCCUUUGCCUUGAUGACAGCUUUGCACACUCUUGGCAUUCUCUCAACCAGCUUCAUGAGGUAGUCACCUGGAAUGCAUUUCAAUUAACAGGUGAGCCUUGUUAAAAGUUAAUUUGUGGAAUUUCUUUCCUUCUUAAUACAUUUGAGCCAAUCAGUUGUGUUGUGACAAGGUAGGGGUGGUAUACAGAAGAUAGCCCUAUUUGGUAAUAAAAGAAAAAAUCCAUAUUAUGGCAAGAACAGCUCAAAUAAGCAAAGAGAAACGACAGUCCAUCAUUACUUUAAGACAUGAAGGUCAGUCAAUGCGGAACAUUUCAAGAGGUUUUAAAGUUUCUUCAAGUGCAGUCGCAAAAACCAUCAAGCACAAUGAUGAAACUGGCUCUCAUGAAGACCGCCACAGGAAUGGAAGACCCAGAGUUACCUCUGCUGCAGAGGAUAAGUUCAUUAGAGUUACCAGCCUCAGAAAUUGCAGCCCAAAUAAAUGCUUCACAGAGUUCAAGUAAGAGACACAUCUCAACAUCAACUGUUCAGAGGAGACUGCAUGAAUCAGGCCUUCACGGUCGAAUUGCUAAAAAGAAACCACUACUAAAGGACACCAAUAAGAAGAAGAUACUUGCUUGGGCUAACAAACAUGAUCAUUGGACAUUAGACUGGUGGAAAUCUGUCCUUUGGUCUGAUGAGUCCAGAUUUGAGAUUUUUGGUGCCAACCACCGUGUCUUUAAGACACAGAGUAGGUGAAUGGAUGAUCUCCGCAUGUAUGGUUCCCACCGUGAAGCAUGGAGGAAGAGGUUUGAUAUUGUGGGGGUGCUUUGCUGGUGACACUGUCUGUGAUUUAUUUAGAAUUCAAGGCACACUUAACCAACAUGGCUACCACAGCAUUCUGCAGCGACAUGCCAUCCCAUCUGGUUUGCGCUUAGUGGGACUAUCAUUUGUUUUUCAACAGGACAAUGACCCAACACACCUCCAGGCUGUGUAAGGGCUAUUUGACUAAGAAGGAGAGUGAUGGAGUGCUGCAUCAGAUGACCUGGCCUCCACAAUCCCCUGACCUUAACCCAAUUGAGAUGGCAAGCAGCCAACAAGUGCUCAGCAUAUGUGGGAACUCCUUCAAGACUGUUGGAAAAGCAUUCCAGGUGAAGCUGGUUGAGAGAAUGCCAAGAGUGUGCAAAGCUGUCAUCAAGGCAAAGGGUGGCUAUUUGAAGAAUCUCAAAUAUAAAAUAUAUUUUGAUUUGUUUAACACUUUUUUGGUUACUACCUGAUCCCAUAUGUGUUAUUUCAUAGUUUUGAUGUCUUCACUAUUAUUCUAAAAUGUAGAAAAUAGUAAAAAAAUAAAGAAAAACCCUGGAAUGAGUAGGUGUCCAAACUUUUGACUUGUACUGUAUGUUGAAAUACCAUUUUGAGAUCAUUUUAAACAAUCUUAAAAUGUCCAAUGUGGUGUCUCUAGACACUUGUACUAUUUGACACCAAAUUUCAUUCACACCAAACCAAAUUUGUUCAAUGGCGCAUUUUGAUAUUGUACUAAAUAUAGUACAAGGAUGUGAAUGGGUUACGGUAUCUUAGUCUUCCCAACCCUGGAAGUCAUUCUGAAUGCUGAUUGCGGGUGAAUAAAAAUUCAAAAUGAUGGAUAUCCCCAUUCUGGCUGGAUUCCAAUAGAAAUUAUACAUCACUUUGCAAGCCAGCAUAAUGUGACUUGCAGGCCUGAUGAGGCCUGUAAACUAUGAGUUUCAGCCCACUGUAUUAGGGUAAAACUAGGCUCUCAAAAGAAGGCCUCAUGAAAUAUAUUGUCAUUUAGUAGACACUCAUAUCUAGAGCAACUUACAGUAGUGAGUGCAUACAUUCUCAUACUGGUCCCCCGUGGGAAUCAAACCCACAACCCUGGCGUUGGAAGCUCCAUGCUCUACCAACUGAGCCACACAGGUCUUGUAUUGUCUUAAAUAAUUACAUUUAAAAUGACAACAUAUGCAUCUAGGACCUGACUUGGUGAAGGUCAUAGAAUACAACAACCAUGUCUCCAUCACCAGCAAACACAGUCAUGGGUAGUACUGCUAACUCUAAAAUGCACAAUGGCUUAAAACCCUACAGCAAGGCUUUUCAAUUCAGAUCCUCAAGGGCUGAAACAUUUCUGGUUUGGGAUUUUUGUGUGGUUUUUCAACGAACCAUCCCAUUUAUGGUUCUUCAGAGACCCUCAAAUGGUUCCCCAAUGGAAUGGCUCUCAAGAACCUUAUUUGUUUCCAACUUGCAACUCUAUUUUUAAGAGUGUAGUAACAUUUGUAUUAUUCUAUUAUUUCUAUUCUUCUUCCCCUGUCCAGGAGUCAUCAGGACUGCCUUAGCCAACAUGGACCGGGAGGCGAGGGAACACUAUGCUGUAGUCAUUCAAGCCAAAGACAUGGCAGGAUCAGUUGGAGGACUCUCUGGAUCCACCACCAUCAACAUCACCCUCACCGACGUCAACGACAACCCUCCCAAGUUCCCGCAAAGUGAGUACUGUAUAGACGCCAGGGCUGUCUUCAGCAGGCAAACGUUGUGGAACGUUCAGAGAGAAAUAACAAACAUGCCUCUCUGACGGGGAAUAAGGAAUCACGUCAGUUAUAUUUUUGGGAAUUUCUAUCAGCAACGUUUCACACCGUUUACUGAAUGUCGCCCAGUUACUCCAUAAAAAAGGCUUAACAGUAUCUAAGAAAUCGACUGUCUAUUUCUGCUAAAUACUAAUUACUUUGUUUAAUAAAACAGCAGUGCUUCUCAGAUAUGUCAUGUGACUAGAACAAUAUCAGUUUGAGAGUGUUUUUAGCAGGCCAAUUACAAAUGGCGAGUCGAAUAAAGAAUCAUAAUACACUCCUCACUCAAAUGGAUUGAGCUUGAUUACAGAUAUACUAAACAUCUUUAAUUGACUGUCAGUAGCUCCAUCUUUAAUAAUUAACAGAUGUUCAACAUACAUUAGUUAGAUGAGUAUAGCAUUGAGUAAAACCUUACCAAUUACGAAUCCUGAUUUGUAUAUAUUUUUUAUCUAUUUUAUGUAAUAAUAAUCAUAUAUUGAUAUGACAUUUGAUCUCAAAAUGUAUCUCAUCAACUGCCAUGUAGGCUGAAUAAAGAUGUAAGACCACUGAACAUCAAUAAUGUAAAAUUAUAGUUCAAUAAUCAUCUCUCAUUUAGAGUCCAAGUUAAACUCAAUGCUAUUCAAGGGCCCUCAGACACAUUUCAGCUCUAAAUGUUGAUUCAAGCAAUCUGAGGUGAUAUCAAAAGGCAUUUAGUAACAAUUCCAUGACCAUCUGUGAAGUCAAUUCAGGGUGACACAGCUAAAAUACAUUUGGACAAUCAGCCACAAAUAUGGCACCAACUAGUGAUGCUAAGCUGUUUCUUAGCCUUUGCCCCAAAAGCCACCCUAUUCCCUAUUUAGUACACUCUAAGGAAUAGGGUGCCAUUUGAAAUGCAGACAAUAAUAAUAAUAUGCCAUUUAGCAGACGCUUUUAUCCAAAGCGACUUACAGUCAUGCGUGCAUAAUUUUUUUUGUGUAUGGGUGGUCCCGGGGAUCGAACCCUCUACCUUGGCGUUACAAGCGCCGUGCUCUACCAGCUGAGCUACAGAGGACCACAAUGUCUGUAUUGUUAUGUUUAUGAUCCACAGAAAAUUACCAGUUGUACGUCCCUGAGUCGGCCCAGGUGGGCAAGCCAGUUGGGAAGAUAAAAGCCAAUGACGAGGACCUUGGCGUCAAUGCAGCGAUCAAAUACAGCAUCAUCAACUCAGAAGGAGCAGCCAUGUUCUCCAUCGCCACCGACAGAGACACCAGAGAGGGCAUCAUCAGCCUCAAGAAGGUACACAGAGUGAAUUAAUGAAUAAAUAAAUUCAUUAAAGAAUAAAUUAAUGAAUUAACAAUGACAGGCACACUAGGGAAGGAAUAAUCAAACUCAAGAAGGUACAUGACAGAGUGAAUGAACAAAUUAAUAAAUGAAACAGUGACAGGGACACCAGGAAGGGAAUAAUCAGCCUCAAGAAGGUACAUGACAGAGUUGUGCUUAAGGCACCCUUUUCCAGAAGUGUGUACUUGCACACUCCCCGUCAUGGAUUUAAAAGCAUACGAUUGGUGUAAGCAUUGGCUGGAGAGAGUUUCCACCAUUGUAAAAAUCCAUGUGACAUUUUUUGCAAAUGCACACCUUAGGAAAAGUAUGAUAUUGCUGUCUAUUCCUGUGUAAUAACACUGUUAUUAUUUUAGUAACUUUUUGGGGGGCCCACGACACCAUUUUGAUAUCUGAAAAUUGUCACGACCCGAAGUAUUUGAUACACUGCCGAUUUUGCAGGCUUUCCUACUUACAAAGCAUGUAGAGGUCUGUAAUUUGUUAUCAUAGGUACACUUCAACUGUGAGAGACGGAAUCUAAAACAAAAAUCCAGAAAAUCACAUUGUAUGAUUUUUAAGUAAUUAAUUUGCAUUUUAUUGCAUGACAUAAGUAUUUUAUAUAUCAGAAAAGCAGAACUUAAUAUUUGGUACAGAAACCUUUGUUUGCAAUUACAGAGAUCAUACGUUUCCUGUAGGUCUUGACCAGGUUUGCACAUACUGCAGCAGGGAUUUUGGCCCACUCCUCCAUACAGACCUUCUCCAGAUCCUUCAGGUUUCGGGGCUGUCGCUGGGCAAUACAGACUAUCAGCUCCCUCUAAAGACUUUCUAUUGGGUUCAGGUCUGGAGACUGGCUAGGCCACUCCAGGACCUUGAGAUGCUUCUUAUGGAGCCACUCCUUGGUUGCCCUGGCUAUGUGUUUCGGGUCAUUGUCAUGCUGGAAGACCCAUCCAUGACCCAUCUUCAAUGCUCUUACUGAGGGAAGGAGGUUGUUGGCCAAGAUCUCACGAUACAUGGCCCCAUCCAUCCUCCCCUCAAUACGGUGCAGUCGUCCUGUCCCCUUUGCAGAAAAACAUCCCCAAAGAAUUAUGUUUCCACCUCCAUGCUUCACGGUUGGGAUGGUGUUCUUGGGGUUGUACUCAUCCUUCUUCUUCCUCCAAACACAGCGAGUGGAGUUUAGACCAAAAUGCUCUAUUUUUGUCUCAUCAGACCACAUGACCUUCUCCCAUUCCAACUCUGGAUCAUCCAGAUGGUCAUUGGAAAACUUCAGACGGGCCUGGACAUGGGCUGGCUUGAGCAGGGGGACCUUGCGUGCGCUGCAGGAUUGUGUGUGUGUGUUACUAAUGGUUUUCUUUGAGACUGUGGUCCCAGCUCUCUUCAGGUCAUUGACCAGGUCCUGCCGUGUAGUUCUGGGCUGAUCCCUCACCUUCCUCAUGAUCAUUGAUGCCCCACGAGGUGAGAUCUUGCAUGGAGCCCCAGACCGAGGGUGAUUGACCGUCAUCUUGAACUUCUUCCAUUUUCUAAUAAUUGCGCCAACAGUUGUUGCCUUCUCACCAAGCUGCUUGCCUAUGGUCCUGUAGCCCAUCCCAGCCUUUAGCAGGUCUACAAUUUUAUCCUGAUGUCCUUACACAGCUCUCUGGUCUUGGCCAUUGUGGAGAGGUUGGAGUCUGUUUGAUUGAGUGUGUGGACAGGUGUCUUUUAUACAGGUAAUGAGUUCAAACAGGUGCAGUUAAUACAGGUAAUGAGUGGAGAACAGGAGGGCUUCUUAAAGAAAAACUAACAGGUCUGUGAGAGCCGGAAUUCUUACUGGUUGGUAGGUGAUCAAAUACUUAUGUCAUGCAAUAAAAUGCAAAUGAAUUACUUAAAAAUCAUACAAUGUGAUUUUCUGGAUUUUUGUUUUAGAUUCCGUCUCUCACAGUUGAAGUAAAUUACAGACCUCUACAUGCUUUGUAAGUAGGAAAACCUGCAAAAACGGCAGUGUAUCAAAUACUUGUUCUCCCCACUGUAUGUAAUUAAUAGCCAAUGUUUACUUUUUUAUUUGGGGCUAUGGUAGUCAUUUGAAAAAUAUUAACAGUAUUUCUGAUUGUUUUGUCAACUCAACAUCACGUACUUUUAAUGUUGGGCUAUGACAGUCAAUUGCAAAUGAGUCUGACAUAAUGUAUCUUAUCUCACCACCACUAAUUAGAUGGGUGUGCUUGGUGCAUGUUGCGUCAGAACUUCUCAAAGACAGGGGGCGUGGUCGACAGUGCGCACCUACCUCAUCUCUGCUGUCACAUCCAACCUGGAUCGAUAUUUGAUUUUAAUGCAGACGAGCACGGAAUCCAGCUUCAUACAGAUAUGAGCUGGCGAAGGGUACCAUGAGUUUUAUGGUUCUUUCAAGACAACUGGGAACUCAGAAAAAUAUGAGGUCAAAUCAUGACGUCGGUGAUCUUCAGGUCGGAGCUCUGGAAAGAGGCCAGAGUUCCCAAUUUGGAAUUCCGAGUUGGAUGACCGUAAAAAAUGUAAUCCCAGUCGGAGCUCGAGUUACCAGUUGUCUUGAAUGCACUGAAGUCGGAAGUCCCUUUGAGUCAGGAACCAAAACUCCUCCUUAGUGACCUGUGAAUGCAUUCAGUCACAUGACAGCUCGAUCAGCUGUUCGAUUUCGCUUACCGGCAUGUCAACUGAGCCAGGAUCACAGUCAAACGAAUUGGGAAGUAGGUCCCAAAGUACUCUUCCAAGCAUUUGAGGUGAGAAGUCAUCAGUCGUGUGGGACACUUAAUGAUGCUGUUUUCUGUCAGAAACAUGCACAGCCGCGGGAAGGGGGCAUGGUUCACUUUUGAAAGACUCUCUCCAAUAAGAAUUACUUCCUCUGAAUUCACUGAUUCGGUCACUCAUCUGUAGAAUGUUUUUGUAUUUCCCCUGCAUGUUUGGGUUCAGUUCGUUCAGUUUCCCAAACAUGUCUGUUACAUAGGCAAGGAGACACAUUUUCUUUUCAUUACACAGAAAGUCAACCAAGUCUUUUUUUUACAUCCAUUGUGAAUGACAACAGUUCCUCUCUCAAUGCAAAAAAUCUGUCCAACACUCCCCCUUGAUAACCACCAAGCCUUAGUGUGAAAUAGAACAUUGUCAUGCUCUGAUCCCAUAUCUCCUCAUACUGUAGUUUUGCAGACAGGUGUGCGUGCAGUGGAUAUGGUUUGAUGCGGUCUCCUGAGUGGUGCAGUUGUCUAAGGCACUGCAUCGCAGUGCUAGCUGUGUCACUAGAGAUCCUGGUUCGUAUCCAGGCUCUGUCGUAGCCGGCUGCGACUGGAAGACCCAUGGGGUGGCGCACAAUUGGCCCAGUGUCGUCCAGGGUAUGGGAGGGAAUGGCCGGCAGGGAUAUAGCUCAGUUGGUAGAGCAUGGCGUUUGCAAUGCCAGGGUUGUGGGUUAGAUUCCCACGGGGGGGGCAGUAUGAAAAAAAUUAACAAAUAAUAAUGUAUGCACUCACUACCUGUAAGUCGCUCUGGAUAAGAGCGUCUGCAAAAUGUGUAGUUUGCCAUUGAAGUUACCUGCUGCAGUAUAUCUCAGAGUUCUGUGCUCAGCUCUUUUGCCGCCAGUUGGUCUCAGUGUAUCAUAAAAUGUGUCCAUAUGGCAGAGGGACACUGCACUCUAGUUAUGAAUGUGAGACCUGCCCGUCGUCCCGCCAUAGAUGGAGCCCCAUCUCUGCAAAAGCCCAUCAUUCGAUCCCAUGUAAUCUGUUUAUCGUCAAUAUAGCCACGCAGCACACUGAACAUCCCCUGUGCCGUUUCAUGCUUGGGAAUUGUGAGACAGAACAAUAUGUCCUCGUGAAUAGCAUCCCCCGACAUGCAUAGCGAACAAAAGUAAAUGCAUGGGCAUCUCGGCCAUUACAGCUAAUGUCCAUUUGGAGAGCAUAAUCUGGGGAUUUUUUGAGUCGUUCAGUCAGUUUCCUCUUGACUGCUAGCAACAGCAUAAGUUCUUAGUUCAAGACUGUUAUCUGACAAAGGUAUUGACGUGUGUUUCUGUGCCUCUGCCUCCCCACACAUUGUUUUCACCAUAUCAAUUACGUCCGGUUAAACCAAAGCCUCUGCAAUAGUGUGUGGUUUCAUAGUAUAGCGGGCCUAGUCAUUCACCGUGGGAGUGAUUCAAGUGCAACGGUCAAGUGUGGCCUUUUCCCAUUAUCAAAGGAUACUCUCUGGUUGAAUUUUUUUAACGGAUUUUAAUCAUUUUCAUGUAGAUUUUUAAGGUUAACCACAUUACAAUGAUUUUGAGAUACAACAACUAUUAUAUUAUAUAUAUAUACACACACACACACACAGUAUCAGUCAAAAGUUUGGACACACCUACUCAUUCCAGGGUUUUUCUUUAUUUUUACUAUUUUCUACCUUGUAGAAUAAUAGUGAAGACAUCAAAACUAUGAAAUAACACAUAUGGAAUCAUGUAGUAACCAAAAAAGUGUUAAACAAAUGAAAAUAUAUGUUAUAUUUGAGAUUCUUUAAAGUAGCCACCCUUAUUAUUAUUUUUAAAGGAAUUCUCCUGCGGCCCCAUUUUCAUAUUACACGACCCCAUGUGGGGUCGCGACCCCUAGUUUGUGAACUGCUGGUGUAGAGACUGUUGUCCUUCUGACAGGUUCUCCCAGCCAAGGAACGCUGUAGUUCUGUCAGAGUCGUCAUUGGGUUCUUGGUCACCUCCCUGACCAACGUCCUUUUUGCCCGGUUGCUCAGUUUGGUAGGACGGCCAGCUCUAGGUAGAGUCUGGGUAUUUCCAUUUCCCAAUGAUGGAGACGACUGUGCUCUUGGAAACUUGGAGUCACGUCCCGUAGUUUGGGAACAGCUGUAUUAACCCUAUUAGUCCCGAGACCCCAGCAAAGAUUGGCUUUUCAUUUAUCUGACUUUCAUUUAUCUGCAUGUCCAGCCCUUGUAUUUAGCCUCACAAUUAAGUGUUUUACCAUUUUAUUCAGGACAACCAGGGCUACAAGUAGAACAAAAAACUAUUUGGCAUGAACUGUUCAUGUGUUUUAUUGAAAAAUGUCAAUUUUAAAAAAGUUUGCCAAAGCAAAAACCUGUAAAAAAAAAUUGCGACAACUUAUUUUUUUCAUUUCACUUCACCAAUUUGGACUAUUUUGUGUAUGUCCAUUACAUGAAAUCCAAAUAAAAAUCCAUUUAAAUUACAGGUUGUAAUGCAACAAAAUGGAAAAACGCUAAGGGGGAUGAAUACUUUUGCAAGGCACUGUAUGUGAGCUUAGUACAGUAUUAUUGACAAUAUGUCCUGGGAUUUCCAAUGAUCUUCUAUGUAGAAUAACCCCUUACCUUCUAACAACACUUGUGUAGCUUGUGAGCGUCAUAGAGCAAAUGUUACAUGUGCGUGUUCGUGAGUGUCUCAGCAUUUCAUAGAUAGUGUUUAAUAGUUUAUAGCUCAAACCAUUCGGACUCUAUUGACGUUUUUAUAUAAAAGACCCCUUGUGGAUCCAUUCUUGUCUCACAAACCCUGUUCUAGUUUAGACCCCGUGAUUCACACAGACUAAUGGUUGGUACCUAUGGAUACAGAAGAAAUAGACUAAUCCAAUGGUACAACCCAGAAGUCUGUAGACAUCUCAAACACACAAUGUUUAAAAGGGGCUAGAAGUUUAAAAAGCGCUGGUGUUGCGGUGGGACGCAUUGGGUUAACACGUAACAUAAUACUUCAGUAGGCUACUUGCAUUGUAAUUACAUGGUACACAAGUGGAUUAUUAUUAUUAUUAUUAUUAUUAUUAUUAUUAUUAUUAUUAUUUAUUAUAAGUGGAUGAAGUCUGUUCCUAAUCCUGCAUGUUUUCCUGGUGCCUUUUUCCUGGACAUACAGCCACUGAACUAUGAGAGGAAGAAGACCUACACCCUUCACAUUGAAGGAGUGAAUACCCACGUGGAACCUCGUUUUUCCUACCUUGGUCCUUUCAAAGACACUGCCACCCUAAAGAUCACUGUGGGAGAUGUGGACGAGCCACCUGUAUUCUCUAUGGAUUAUUACAUCAUGGAUGUUUAUGAAAACGCUCGUAUUGGUACAGAG